AUGGCCACGGUGGUCGAGUCUAGAAAGGCGAUUGAGCAGACCAAUGAGACGAGUUUGACCGUCGGAGGAUGGUUGUUUUUGAAUGAGCAAAAUUCUGGUGGCUUCCUUAACACUGGCAUCUGUGUCCAAGUGAGUUCUCUUGACGGUGUUGCAGGCUGGAUUUGGCAUGCAGCGGCUUAUUGGUGGCUCGACGGACUAGGGGUCGAAGGUUGUCCAGAUUUGGGAUGUGUAUGUCGUCGAGUGCUCGGGUGUGGCGGCGAUGGUAACUUGGUGAUUAGAGACGGCCCUGUGUCUCGAGAUCGGAAGUUGCAACUGGUGGAAAGUGGAGGCGGUGACCCCGAGUACACAAGUCUCAGAUGUGGACUCUCGAGUUGGGCUGCUGGGUUUGUGAGCUUGGUUGUUGGGCCUUCCAUGGAGUGCUCAAAGUUUUGGCCAUGGGGAAACAUAUAUUCCUUCUUAGGUGGGCUUGGUUAUACUGGGUCUUUUUGGCCCAAAGGGGAUUUUAAUCUGAAUCGGAAAAGGGCAUGUCUUCAUCUAUUUUGGUUGGAUAAUUUUAACAAGUUUCUAAGUGAGUGUGGCAUGUUUGGUUAAAAGAGCU